AACUACGGUUCGCAUCGGGGACCAGCCAAGGGUACCCGGGCCAUUCUGCUUAAACCAAUGCUAGAUUUAGAAGUGCUUCCCGAACGAUCUCUUGGGAAUGAACAAUGGGAAUUCACCCUGGGAAUGCCGUUGGCUCAGGCUGUAGCAAUUGUUCAGAAACACUGCCGUAUCAUAAAAAAUAUACAGGUUCUCUACAGUGAACAAGUAAGUCUGUCUUCAACUUAUUGUGGUGUUCAUUUUAACUCUCAAGCUAUUCCUCCUACCAUUGAACAAAUUGAUCAGUCUUUUGGAGCCACCCAUCCAGGAGUUUACAACUCCGCCGAGCAACUUUUCCACCUCAACUUCAGGGGCCUGUCUUUUUCCUUUCAGUUGGACUCAUGGACUGAAACUCCAAAGUAUGAGCCAAACUUUGCCCACGGCUUAGCCUCUCUGCAAAUCCCACACGGUGCAACUGUGAAACGCAUGUACAUCUACAGUGGAAACAGUCUGCAGGAUACGAAGGCACCUAUGAUGCCACUCAGCUGUUUCCUGGGAAAUGUGUACGCAGAAUACAUUGAUGUUCUCCGAGAUGGAGCUGGUCCCUCAGGUUUACGACUGCGCUUACUCACUGCAGGCUGCAGUCCAGGUGUGUUAGCUGAUGCCAAAAUACGGGUAUCCGAGCGUUGUGUGUAUUUCGGUGAUUCGUGCCAAGAUGUCCUGAGCACUUUGGGGUCCCCUCACAAGGUUUUCUACAAAUCUGAAGAUAAGAUGAAAAUCCACUCACCUUCCCCUCACAAGCAAGUCCCUUCGAAGUGCAACGACUUCUUCUUCAACUACUUCACGCUUGGAGUGGACAUCCUUUUUGAUGCAAAUACUCAUAGAGUAAAGAAAUUUGUUUUGCAUACCAAUUAUCCUGGUCAUUAUAACUUCAACAUUUAUCACCGUUGUGAAUUCAAGAUCCCACUCGUUAUUAAACGAGAAAGUUCUGAGUCACAGACGGAAACCUGCACAACCUACAGCAAGUGGGAUAAUAUUCAAGAGCUUCUUGGACAUCCUGUGGAAAAACCCGUAGUUCUUCACAGGUCGUCCUCUCCGAACAACACAAAUCCAUUUGGGUCAACUUUUUGUUUCGGGUUACAACGGAUGAUCUUUGAGGUGAUGCAGAAUAACCACAUCGCAUCCGUUACGCUCUACGGCCCGGCCCGGCCCACCCUUCAGACCAAGACCUUCGACCUCCCCCAGUGAGCAAUACCCACUGACCAUAAGGCUACUACACAAUUCGCUCAGCGUGCCUUGAGUUGCUGCCGCUUAUCAGGACGGAAAAGCACGAAACGGUGGAGAGUGUGAGUGUGCGUGUAUAUGGUUGUUUGUGUGUGUGUGUGUGUGAGAGAGAGAGAGAGAGAGAGAGAGAGAAAGGGGGGAAGGAGGGAGAGAGAGGGGGGGUACAAGAAAACUUGGCCCUCGCCAUCUGUGGAUGGCACCGCUGGAAAUCCUCUGGAGCUGAACCUUGCAGGACUUGGAGCCAGUGGCAGAGGCACAAACACAACUACACACACACACACACACACACACACACCCCUAGGCGGCACUAGCGUUAGUCCUCUCCUCUUGCUUGGCCUUGGAAGUUACGGUAUAAAUGCAAACAGUUUGGCUUUGUGGAGCUGGACAGAGAAAGAGCUUUUGAAAAGCGCUCAGCGGGAACUGCACAUCUUAGAAGCACAAGUUCCUCAUCUUUGGGCAUCUGAAAGCAGGGCUCUCUCUCUAUAUAUACAUACCUAUAUAUAUAUAUACCUAUAUAUAUGUGUGUGUGUGUAUACGUAUUUUUUUCCCUUUCUUUCCCAUCUGUCUCUGCGUGCCGCGUAUUGAGAGUCGCGUUCCUGUGUUUUUAUUUUGCUUCUGGGGGACAAAAAAAAAAAAAAAAAAGGGAAAAAGGCAAGGAUAUGGGUGGACACAGACUCACCCAGAGCUCAUGUAUAGGUGUAUAUAUAAAAUAAAAUACAUGGAUUUUUAGUUAGCUUGGGAUAGCCCACCAUGCUCAACAUGUCCAUAAUUUCAGGCAUCCGACGUUAGAAACGAGGCACAAAGCAACCUAAAGACUUGGUGAUCAUAUAUAUGUGUAUAUGUAUAUAUAUAUUUGCACUACAUACACUUUAAUUACUUGAUAAGACCUUUUGAAUUUUACCGAGUGCUGAGCGUGAGUGGAGGCUGGGUUUAAGUGUUAUUGUUGUUUUUGCCACACCUAAAAUAAUUGGGGGUUGGGGAAUCUGAUGCAAUUUUUCUGCACUAAAUGUUUACUUGAUGCAAUGAAAACAAAUUUUGUCUCCUGCCACGUUUGGUGAACUAAACCCCCAGUUUUCUUCUGGGGUUGGAGGGAAAGAACAAAAAAAAAAAAAACUCGAAUUAGAUGACUCCUACAAAUUAUGAUGCUUUUAAAGGAAGAGUUCGGAUAUAUCAUAUUUUUUUUUCUUUGUAUGCAAAACAGAUAACUAAUAUGCAUUCUUGGAAGAGUUUUAAGAUGCAGCUUAAGAUGUGACAUGAGAUCUGAUUUAGAACGUCCUUGGGAUUGUUCUGUACCAGGUUUUUAAUCACCUAUAUCCCGCUGAGGUGAAAUAGAAAACAUGUCGCCUUAAGGAAUUUUCCCAGGGACUUUUUGAGGAACUUUAACCCUGGAGGUGAAAUUUCUGGGUUGUCUUACUGUGCAGCCCAGCAGAAUGAGGACUGUGCCUCUCUCUCUCUCUCUCUUUUUUUUUAAUUUAAUGCCAAAAUUUUAGCCAAAGAGAUCCUUAAUCUUAAGUUUUCAACAUUUCUACGUGUAUAGAUCGGAAUAGGUAGAAAUAGAGAUACGUGUUGGGCAGUUCCUCCACCUCCAUCCGUAGCAGGGGGAAAAAAUAAUAAUAAUUCAGCGACUUCUAGUUAAGGAAAAGUUAUUUAAAAGCUUGUUAUUUCAAGAAGAUCUUAAGGGAUGCAUGUGAUUCUUUUGCUGCUUUUUAUCUUUAAAAAAAAGUAAAUAAUAAAUGGUCUCGCUUUUCUUUCGAUCGUAACCCUUUUUACAAUGGUGGAGAGGAUAUAU